UCGUCAGAAGACGCUGUUAGACCUGGAUCAAACUCAUCCUUCAUUGGAACCUCGACGUGGCUGCACCAUAGAGGUGAGGCAUAACAUGAAUUCGGUGCUAUUUGUUUUUUCUUGUUUGCUGACUUUGAAUUCUAUACAAGGGCACUAUUGGACCACUUGGUAUGAUCGAGACAACCCUAGUGGUGACGGGGAUCAUGAAACUCUGUAUGAACAAAAGAGACUAGGUUACGUCUGUGGCGGAUGUAAACCCAUCGGAGCACAGUGUCGCGUGAGGGGAUCAACCAGCACGUUCACGCGCUGGUCUGGAACUGCUCCAGAUAUAUUGGCGAUUCACUGUUUACCCACCAAAGGUCUGGCGUGUGUCAACUCCCAGCAGCCCGACUUAUCCUGCAAUGACUAUGAGAUACAAUACUUGUGCCCAUCAACGUCUGGAACAUGGACAAACUACUUAGAUCGUGAUGAUCCUAGCGGCACUGGCGACUGGGAAAAAGUUUCAUCUUUCAGGGGCGACGGCGUCAACCUUUGCAAUGGCAGUCGCCCAAUGUGCGCCCAUUGUCGCGAUGUAGUGAAUCAAGACCAUUAUUACGACACUGGAGACACGUACAAUACCAACUAUGACUGUAGCUGGGAGAAUGGCUUGGUUUGUACUACAGCAGUCAACGGGGGGACCUGCCAGGAUUACGAGGUGCAGUUCAAGUGCCCAACCAUAUGCACCUGUAGCUCAUGUUCUUGCGCAACGUGGACAUCUUGGUUAGACAGAGACAGCCAAGGCGGUAGUGGAGACUAUGAACUCGUGGGACCAACGGGACAUAAUCCGGUAGGUAUUACCCAGCAAACAGAACGUUUCAAAACGUUACCGUUACGUUCUUUGGUUAUAUAUUAAGGUUCUGUGUUUGCUCGGUAUAGUCUUUAAUUUGAUCCUUGAAACUGGCAGGUAUUGUUGCCUAAUUCCCAAAACGUGAAAUCAUGUUUAUGUAUAAAAAAUGUUUAAACA